AUGAACGAUAAAAAACCAAAAGUUGUAAAAGAAGAAUUUGAAUUAAAUGGAUGGAGAUUCGAAUUUUCUAAAUCGGGUAUUAUGCCUUCUUAACAAUUAGACAAUUUAAAAGAUGAAUUAAAAUUAAAUAACAUUCCAGAUGUAGUAUUUGGAGAAAAUUGUGGUAGAUUUAUAUAUAAUGAUGCUGAUUUUUGUUUAGAAUUUUCGCCUAAGGAUAGUCUUUGUUUAACUAAUUUUUAGUCAAGAAAAAAUGCCUAUUUAGAUUUAAGUUAAAAUCAGAACAUAAAGCAUUAUAAAUAAUUAAAUAAUUGUACUGUUAUUCCUUCUGAAGUAAAAGUAAAAUAUUCCUAAUAAUGGAAAAAUAAAAAACCAUAAGAUCCUACAACAGAAGUAAGAGUAAUUGAGCAAAUUUCAGAUGUUUUUUUCAGUACUCCUUAUAAAGGUACAAUUAAAAAAGUUUCCACUUUAAUAGACCCUUAAUAAAAUGAAAAUUAUUUUAUAAAUGCUUUUGAAAAUUAACUUCAUUUAGAAGAACUUUAAUAACUAACAUUGCCUUAUGUAGAAAAAACGAACGAUGAAUUACCUUUACAUAAUUUAACUGAAUAAAAUCCAAUUAAAUGGUCAACUAUGAUCCAUUUAUGGGAAGAUGAAUUAGGUAUAUAAAAAAAAAUAUUUUAUUUGAUUUUCUAUAUAUUAAAAAGGUGAUUCUGGAUACACUAUGAGUGAGGUUAGAUUUAGAGUUAUGGGUGAUUGCUGGUUUACUUUAUUAAGGCAUUACCUAAGAGUAGAUGAUGUUUUAAUUAGAAUAUAUGAUACAAGAUAUUAUCAUGAUUUUAGUUAAAAUUAUAUUUUAAGAGAAUUUUAAGUUAGAGAAGACUCAUACUAAAAUAUUAAAGCUAGAGGAUUUCAAUUUACACCUAAAUGGAAUAUAGAUCCAGCUUAAUCUCAUUUAAUAUAUUAAUAUGUUAAAACUGUAUUAGUGGAUAGGGAAAAAAUAUACUUUAAAUGAAUCAAAAA